AUGACUCUACGAUAUCCAAUUGGGCACAAUAAAUUUGUUACGGUAAUUAGCGUUUAUGCUCCAACUCUAAAGGCUGAUCCAGAAAUCACUGAUGCUUUUUACCAAUCUUUAGAGGAAGUUUUAAAUAAAACACCUAUACAGGAUCGAUUGAUCCUGAUGGGCGAUUUUAACGCCCGAGUAGGUCGUGAACAUAACAUCUGGGAGAAAGUAAUCGGGAAACAUGGAAUAGGCAAUAUGAACGCUAAUGGAGAGCUUUUACUAACCAAGUGUUCUGAGCAUGGCCUUACGAUAACAAACACCUUAUUUAUGCACAAUGACAAAUUUAAAGGCACUUGGCAACAUCCUAGAUCUAAGCACUGGCAUCAACUUGACCACGUCAUCGUGAGGCAAAGAGACCUUAAAGAAGUCCUCGAUACUAAGGCCCGAGUGGACGUAGAGUGCUGGACAGACCACAGAAUACUUAUAUCGAAAAUGGUGAUAACUGUCCGACCUAAAUACUCGUGCAUAAAAAAACCCUCUAAAAGGAAAGUUAUAAACACUGCCAAAUUGGCAGAUCCAAACAUAAGAUCAGAGCUAGGCCUCAGGAUCUCCGAAACUCUUACAAGAGCUACAGACACAGAUAGCGAUGACCCUGAACAUAUUUGGAUAAACAUUCGGGACGCCAUACAAUCUGAAUGUGAAAAGACUCUAGGGGAAACAGUAAGAUGCAAUAAGGACUGGUUCAGGGAUAAAGCUGAGGAAAUAGAAUCCGCCCUUGAGCUCAAAAGAAAAGCACACACCGGCCUCGUGAAUAACCCCGAGUGCAGACAAGCCCAGAAGCAUUUUACAACUGCUAAACACGAAGCUCAAAAAACAAUCAGGGCAGCCAAAAAUUCUUGGUGGAAAAGUAAAGCUAAUGAAAUUCAGACUUACGCUGACAACAACGAUAGUCGGCGUUUUUUCCAAGCUCUGAGGGAAUUAUACGGCCCUGUAAAUCGCUCUUCUUUAAUACGGGACGUAAAUGGCGAACUACUGAAAGAUGAAACUGAAAUUCGUCACAGGUGGAAGGAACACUUUUCGCUAGUCCUGAAUCAAAACUCAAAUAUUGACCAGGAAGUUUAUGACUUGUUGCCUCAAUACGACACUGCAAACUUCUUAUCCAUCCCACUUGCACGAGAAGAAAUCGCUGAUGCAAUCGCAUCUUUAAAAAACAACAAAGCACCCGGAAAGGACUCAAUUCCUGCUGAAAUUUACAAGGCACUGACACCGGAAUUAAUGCCCCAUCUUGAAAAUCUGUUUACCGUUAUCUGGGAGCAAGAAUCAGUACCCCAGGAUUUUAGGGACUCAAUAAUCAUUAGCCUCUAUAAAAAUAAGGGAGACAAAACCUAA